AUGUCUGAGCAUAAAAAGAGAUUGUCAAAACAAUUUGGUCACCCACCUACACAAGCUGAGUUGUUCCUCGCGACACAUAGAAGGAAAGACAAUUUCGGAUUCGUUGAUAGGAGAUCCAAGGAUACGUAUGCUAACUUUCAGACGCGACAACACGAGGCAUCAUCACAGUCAUUGGCUGUUGGCCAUUCAGAAGAUCGUGAUGCUGGCCAGCCCUCACACCUAGCUAUUGACGAUAGAUCCUUAUGGUUGGAGGUUGCGGGCACUAAGAAAAAGGGUCGUGUUUAUGGAAUGGGGUCAGAAGCACAUAUAAUCCUCGGUUCCUACUAUGUACCGACACCACAGCCACCGCCACAGUCGUCGUCGUCCGUCUCACUAUCAGAUCAGAUAGAAAAAGCUAUUCGGGCCACAAUAGAACCCUUUAACCAGCGAAUCUCGGCCAUUGAAGAUAGACUACAUCACCGUUCUUCAUCUUCGUCGCCCUAG